AUGGAGGACUCAGAAUCUCCUACUUCUCGUUGGCUGUUCACCCAAGAGCAGCUGAAAAAUAGCCCUUCUCGGAAAUGUGGUUUGAAGGUCCAGAAGGAGUUCUCCUACCGCCAACGAGCUACUUUUCUGAUCCAGGACAUGGGCAAGAAGCUCCAUGUCUCGCAGGUUACCAUCAAUACUGCCAUCGUGUACAUGCAGCGGUUCUACAUGCUGCAUUCUUUUACGAAAUGCGAUAAAAAUGACCUGUCCCCGGCAGCGCUCUUCCUGGCCGCAAAAGUAGAGGAAGAGCCGCGGGCAGCGGAAGAUGUUCUAAAGGUAUGUCAUGCCUGUCUUACACCUGAAUCUCCAGAAUUGGACACUAAGAGCCAGGCCUACAUGGAGAAGGCAGAUGAGUUAUUGACUCUAGAGACUAUUCUUCUGGAGACCCUGGGCUUUGAUAUCACGAUUGAACAUCCUCAUGCAAGUCUUGAUGAAAUAGUGCCAUCACUGAAAGAAAGCAAGGCUCUUACAAGCGUCUUCUAUCACCUGGCUGACCACAGCUUUGUCACCACAUUCUGCCUUCAGUACAAGCCAUCCGUCAUCGCCUGUGUAUGUAUCCACCUUUCCUACAAGUUGUCCAAACAGGAGGUAUGUCUUAAAAACAAUGACAAACCUUGGUGGGAAGGUCUGGACGAAACAGUGACUGCCAAACUGCUAGAAGAAUUGACAAAUAAUUUUGUGGACGUUCUUCAGACUACUCCAUAUAGAGCAACCACUAUAGCAAAGAUACCUGACGUUAAAGAGCUGAACCCCGGGAUCGAGGACUAUGUUACUCCAAGUAACAGAGAGGAACUGGCUGUCCUGGAGAUGAUACGUACUUUUUAUACCAACCGAAAACCUGCAUCUCCAAAACCAUCAGAAUCUUACAAGGCAACAUGCACCUGUGACACCGGAAAAAUUUCAAGAAAAAGGCCCCAUAGCAAGAAGGCUUCUCCAGUUCCAUCAAAAUUGCCCAAAAUGGAUAAUUAA